UAUGCCAGAGGAAAAUGCGACAGUCUGACGAAAACACUCGAAUCGUGAGGAGGUCCACCGGUAGUUCUUGGCGAUAGACAGUGAUCGUGAUCGUGAAAGUGAAAGCAGUGAAACAGCAGAAGCAAAAAAAAAAAGUCGACGCGUUCUAAAAAUACAAACCGCUGUUGUUGUCGCAGACGACGACAACGGGAAAAAUGCCCCCAACCGUAAUACGAAUGCCGGUUUCUUCCGCUGGAGCACGCGGUGGUGGAGGACAUUUCAACGAGCCCCGGAACCGGGGCCUCCGGAUCGGUUGCUGUCGGGUUUGUACGUGUUUGAAUCUGGAGUUUUUCAUGUCCAAGAAUGGGAUCAUGAAAAUCUUCGAAAUCAUCCUCGGCUCGUUCUGCCAAACGCUGCUCGUUCAGUUUGGGAUGGACUCGGCGAAGGAUAUCGGCGAGGCGUUCCAUGGAUUCCUCACGACGGUUUCGGCCUGUCUGUCGACGACGACGAUCCUGCUCAUUUGCUAUGCCAUCUCCUCGCGGACGUUCCAUCUGGUGCGGCAGUCGAUUUUCGAAGUGGUAUACAAUGGAAUAUCGUGCUUCAUGUACCUCAGCGCAUCCUCCUACAUGGGGUUCGCGGUCAACGUGUGGCUGUAUCCCAAAUUCCUUCUGUUCAAAAAUACCGGUGGAAUACACAGCGCCUAUCCCGCCAUGACGGCAGUUUAUUACAUGGGAACGAUCGUGGGGCUCGUCUACGGAAUGGAUGCAUUCGUGGCGUAUCGAUACUUGAAGGGAUACUCGUAGGGAUGCUUCUCUCACAUUCGAAGUGGACUCUAAGACUCUAAGUGCUGUAUUUAUUUCCUAUUCUCUAAGAAUUAAAACGUGUGCAAUAUUAGGAUAGUGUAAAAAUAAGCUUAAAUUUUUUGACGAUAAUAAAACAAUAGAAACAAACGUCAAAAUGACGUU